AUGUCAGCUGAAGACUUCAAUACAUCUAUUCCAGUAUCAAGAUACUUGACACAUUAUCAAUUCCAUCCAUCAUUUUUAUCCAAAUACAUCAUCGGAGAAGAGUUAGGAUCUGGCGGAUAUGGAUUUGUGAUUUCAGCUCGUGAAAAAGCAACUGGCAUUGAAAGAGCCGUUAAAUUUAUUUUUAAAAACAAGAUUCCUGCCCAUAGUUGGGUUAAAGAUAGAGAACUUGGAGUAAUUCCAAUGGAAAUUUACAUUUUGAAAAAUGUUUCCCAUCCAAGUGUCAUUAGCUAUAUCGAUUCUUAUGCCGAUGAUCAUUUCUGUUAUUUAGUCAUGGAAUUACAUGGCACUCAAUGGUCUUCUGCCAUUAAUAAUUUUGAAGCUUCCACAAGAUCUCCUGCUUUGUCUGAAUCUUCUUCAUUUGGUGGUAGCACAAGCUCAUACUGCUCUAUUUUGGACUCCCCCAUCGAUGAAUACCCCGCAGCCAAAGGUGAAUUCUUUGAGCAAGAACAUGUCAUCAAGAGACGUACCUCUUGUGAUUUAUUCGAAUGCAUUGAACGUCAUAAUAACUUUGAGGAACCACUUGCUAAAAUGAUCUUUAAACAAAUUGCUUCUUGUGUCGCUCAUCUGGACUUAAUUGGUGUAUGUCAUCGUGAUAUUAAAGAUGAAAAUAUUGUAAUUGAUGAUCAAUUUCAGGUCAAACUAAUCGAUUUUGGUUCUGCUGUAUUAUUGCCUCGUCAUUUUGGUGAUAAGAAAAACUAUUUAUUCAAGCAAUUCUAUGGCACUGUUAACUUUGCUUCACCUGAAAUCUUGAUGGGAAGACCUUAUAAGGCCGAACCCGCUGAAGUAUGGUCUCUUGGUGUCUUACUCUACACCAUCUUAUUUGGCGAAGUUCCUUUCCACGAUCAACAUAUGGCUAUCAAUGGUCAUUUCGCUCAACCCAAAAUUAAUAUCUCCUCUAAUUGCUAUUCUCUUAUUUCUUGGAUGUUGAACCGUUCACCAGAAAACAGACCUACCAUUCAUCAAAUAUUAUUACAUCCUUGGUUUGUUGACUUUUAAAUUAUGCACCCAUCCUCAUCUCAACCCCCCAUAUCUUACUGAACCAACACAUUUUGCAUGACUUUUUUUUUCUCCUCUAUUUCUCAACCUAUUUAUUUUACACACUAUAUUAUUCACUCUUAAGCAACAACAG